GCAGCAGCAAUGGCCUCGAUAAUGCGCCCGGGCCUGCUCAGGCAAGGCCUCCAGAGCCCCGCCGCCUCCCAGCGCAUGUUUUCGACCAUCACGAGCUCGUCCAUCAGACAGACCUCGCCGUUGGUCCAGAAGCUCCGGCCGGCCCUUGCGCGCUCAGCGAUCCCCAAGUCGACGAGAAUUGCCGCCUUCCAUGCGACCCAGCGCCAGCAGAUCCUCCCGCCGCUGCCCCAGAAGAUCAAGGGCACGUUGAACGACCCCACACCGAUUCCUGAUCCCGCGCCGGUACAUGGAAGCUAUCACUGGAGCUUUGAGCGACUCGUCGCUGUGGGCCUCGUUCCUUUGACGCUAGCUCCCUUCGCGGCCGGAUCCCUCAAUCCAGUCAUGGACUCCAUUCUCUGUGCUCUACUGGUUGUCCACUCGCACAUUGGCUUUGAGUCCUGCAUCAUCGACUACAUUCCCAAGCCCCGGAUCCCCGUCGCCCGCAGCCUCGCCAUGUGGGCUCUACGAAUUGGCACCAUUACCCUUGGCGUUGCCCUUUAUUCUUUCGAGACCAACGACGUCGGUAUCACCGAGGCUGUAACGAGGCUCUGGCAUGCUUAGCAGCCCACUGUGUAAAUACAAAUAGAGGGAUUCUGGCGUGGAAAUUGAACCAGUUUGGAGCGCCGUGCAAGGCAGGUCGUGUGAGGAUUACAUGUAUCAGAACGCCAAUGUGAAAUGCCAG